AUGGAUCAAGCUAAUUUAGAUGAAGUUCGUGAGGAAACUGAAUGGGAACAAUGUUCACGUAAUCCAGAUGUUGCAAGAUUUGUGAAAACAAGAAAUUUAGUUGAAAGAAAUCGACUUCAAUCUUUAAGAUCUCAAUUGGACAAACAAUUAGAAUGGGAAUUAAAACGACUUUCUUUAGAACGACGUGAAUUUGCUGAUGUCUUAGAAAAUUUACGUAAACGUCAUGAAAAAGUUGAUCGGAGGAAUGUUCGAACAUUAAAAAAUAAUCUUAAUUCAAAUUUUUAUAUCUGUGAAAGAAAUAGAAAACAUGAUAGAUACUUGAACUCUAUGAAUAUGAACGAUAUUUUACCUAAAGGAUUAUUUAAUUGUACUACUACAAAUAAUAUAAGUAGUACAAAUUCAUCUUCUUUAUCUAUUCCAAAAGUAAUUUCUUCGCCGGAUAUAACUAAACUGCUUAACACUCGCAGUAAUAAUAACAAUAAUAAUAACACUAGCAAAAAUUUAAAUCCUAUACCCACAAUAAAUACAGAAACAUCAAAUUCAACUGAGAAAGUUUCAAAACCAAAUAUUUAUCACUUAUUUUAUACAGAUUCCGGUGAAUGGAUACAUUUAAACAAGCUCAGUUUAAAUAUAUCAGCUCCAUCGAGUGCAUCAAAAUCAUCGGCUUCAUCAAAAGGUAUGAAAUGUACAAAAUCUUGGUCUGAAAAUGAAUAGAUUUAAAUAAGAUAUAUGAAUGUUUUGAUGUGUAUACACAUUUCGAAGUUGAUGAUAACUUCAUUUUACAAGUUAUAUAUCUAACUGACUAUUUGAAUAUCAAGAAUUGCAUAAAUUUAUAUCUAAAUAUACUUUCUUGUUUAGCAAAUUGGUAUAUGUAAUUACAUAGACCAUUAUUUAUUUUCAUUUUCAUAGAAUUAAAAUAAGUGGAUAAUUCUAUGAAUUUCAGAUUUUAUCAUUUAUAUACUUGUAGAACUAUCAAG